GCGAAGAAAGGGAAGAAGAAGGAGCCCAGGGAAGAGAGGUCUUCUUCAGGGAAGGUUGUGCGCACGCGCAUUCGAGGCUUGGCGCACGCGCAGUGCGGCCCGUGAGGGGACGCGGCGGACGGUUGAGAGGGGCUGCGAUGAGACCUCUCUGAGAAGACGAAGGAGGAGAAGCAGCGCCAUGAACCUGAGGGGCUUGUUUCAAGAUUUCAAUCCCAGCAAAUUUCUUAUCUAUGCCUGCCUGCUGCUGUUCUCGGUUUUGCUUUCUCUCCGUUUGGAUGACAAGAUUCAGUGGAGCUACUGGGCUGUGUUUGCUCCAAUAUGGCUAUGGAAGUUAAUGGUCAUUGUAGGUGCCUCAGUAGGAACUGGAGUGUGGGCACGGAACCCACAGUAUCGAGCAGAAGGCGAAACAUGUGUGGAGUUCAAAGCCAUGUUAAUUGCAGUUGGCAUCCAUUUGCUACUGCUAAUGUUUGAAGUGCUCGUCUGUGAUGGAAUUGAAAGAGGAACCCGUUUCUGGCUUCUGGUCUUCAUGCCAUUGUUCUUUGUGUCUCCGGUGUCUGUUGCAGCUUGUGUGUGGGGCUUUCGGCAUGACAGAUCUCUGGAGCUGGAAAUCCUGUGCUCUGUGAAUAUUCUCCAGUUCAUAUUCAUUGCUCUCCGUCUGGAUGAAAUUAUCAAGUGGCCAUGGCUUGUUGUCUGUGUCCCUUUGUGGAUCCUCAUGUCUUUUUUGUGUUUGGUUGUACUCUAUUACAUCGUCUGGUCGGUCCUGUUCUUGCGUUCAAUGGAUGUGAUUGCUGAACAGAGGAGAACACACAUAACCAUGGCCAUCAGUUGGAUGACAAUUGUGGUUCCGUUGCUCACCUUUGAAAUCCUGCUUGUGCACAGACUUGAUGGACACAACACAUUCUCAUAUAUACCUAUAUUUGUCCCUCUUUGGCUUUCACUGAUAACCUUAAUGGCAACAACAUUUGGACAGAAAGGGGGAAAUCAUUGGUGGUUUGGGAUUCGUAAGGACUUCUGUCAAUUCCUACUUGAAAUUUUCCCCUUCCUGAGAGAGUAUGGCAACAUUUCUUAUGAUCUGCAUCAUGAAGAUAAUGAGGAAACAGAAGAAACCCCUGUCCCAGAACCUCCCAAAAUAGCUCCAAUGUUUCGAAAAAAGACUGGUGUAGUUAUUACCCAGAGUCCUGGAAAAUACGUUAUACCACCUCCUAAACUAAACAUUGAUAUGCCAGAUUAAACUCAGAAGCAACAUGGCACCUAGCCAGGACUGACUGUUGCCCUUUAAACCACAACUUGGAACCAGUGGCCAACAUGUUUUUAUCUCAUGCCUUUGUUUUAAAUCGUCUAUGAAUAGAGAUUUGUGCCUCAGUGGCUUUUAAUGUAGAUACAAUGGAGAUAAUGGAGUUAUCUUUGGGAGUUUCCAUAUAUUUGCAUACAAAAUACCAUGACAGUAAAAUCAGUAACAAUGUAACAUCUGUGGCAAGAUUCAUAGGUGGAAAGCAUCUUAUCAGAUUUCUGUUUAGGGAACAUAAUUCACCUGUAUGUUCAGUUGGGUGCAUUGAAGCUGUAGAGAGUUCAUUAGUAACAGUGUCAGGUUUUCCCAAAGUAUCAUUGGCAUAUGAAAUAGUACCUUUAUUUUCAUGCCUGUCCACAGCUGCAUGUGGGCAAAACCUACUGGAAUCAGUGGCCUUUAUGCACAUGUCACUGUGGACUGGAUUUCAGCCACAAAGUGUAAAGAGAAGUGAAAAAGGAGGGCUUUUAUUUGUAGAUCUUUCUGACUUGGUUGAAUUAACGCUUGCCUGUAUAGUAUUUAUAUGAACCUUUGGCAAUGUAAUAUAUUUUUAAGAAUCUGUACAGUAUAAAUAUGUAAAAGUAUUUUUAAAGUGCUGUAUGAAAUGGAUAAUCUAUUGUGGAUGACAUAUUUUGUGUUAAUCUGUACACUUGGCUUCCAUUUAUGUUGGAGUACCAUAGCCAUGUGAUGUUACAUCUGCAUGCUUGCCUUUUCAUUUCCCCACAGAACUAGGAACACCAAUUUUGCAAACAUGUCUCAGGUAGGACUUGAAAGCUCCUUCUCUGUUAGUGGAUCAAAUUACCUUGAUACAGGUAUGUAAAUUAUUGUGUAAAUAACCACAAUCUUUGUACUGUCAGGAAGGGAGGAAGGGAACUGUUUUCCACUUUUGUUAAAAUAUUACUCCUAGGUAAUAUCUGUUUCUCAUUCUCCCACUUUGGCUGUUCAAUAAAAAGUGUCCUCCCAUAAUUCUUGCUGAACACUUCAGUUCAUCGUCCUGGAAAUGUUUACCAAUGAUAGUAUUUGUCUGGGGGGGGGAUAUAUAAAAUUAAUGUUACUGUAGCAUAUUUUGCUUGUUAGAAUAUCUGUGUUUGGCAGAAAAAUAAUGACACCUUGCUAGUGUGCAAAUUCUCUGUAUUCUUUCUUGGGAUAUACUGUAAAUGAUGACAGUUACAAAAUCUGAAUAAAAUACUAUUAUCAUGCUUGGA